AUGCCGUUGACAGAGAGGGACCUCGCGGAUGAUGCUCAAUGGAAACUUAUCCAAAAAAACACCUUUACAAGAUGGGCCAACGAACAUUUGAAGACGGUCAACAAGGGUAUGUCCGAUCUAGAAGCAGAUUUAGCCGAUGGAUUGAGGCUCCUUGCUUUGGUUGAAGUUUUAAGUGGAAACAAAUUCAAGCACAUCAACAAGCGUCCAAACUUUCGUACACAGAAAUUGGAAAAUGUUACUAUGGUACUGAAGUACCUGGAGGAGGAUGAAGGAAUACGAAUUGUUAACAUAGAUUCAACAGAUAUUGUAGACUGUAAAUUAAAAUUAAUCUUAGGUUUAAUAUGGACACUUAUUUUGCAUUAUUCUAUCUCCAUGCCAACAUGGGAAGGAGAAGAAUUAACACCAUCAGAUGGAGCUCCUACACCCAAACAACGUUUAUUGAACUGGAUCCAGACUAAAUGUCCUGAUAUACCAAUUAAAAACUUUACCACUGAUUGGAAUGAUGGUAAAGCUAUUGGUGCUUUGGUUGAUGCUGUUGGACCAGGAUUGUGCCCUGACUGGGAAAACUGGGAUCCUAAGAAGAACAAGGAUAAUGCUACAGAAGCUAUGGAUGCUGCUGAGAAGUGGCUGGAUGUACCUCAGUUGAUCAAACCCAAUGAAUUGGUCAAUCCUAAAGUUGAUGAGAUGAGUAUGAUGACUUAUCUCUCUCAAUUCCCUAAUGCUAAACUUAAACCAGGAGCACCAACCAGACCCAAACUUAACCCGUCACGUGUCAGAGCUUAUGGACCAGGUUUGGAGCCAAAGGGUAACCAAGUUGGAGCACCAGCCAGAUUCACUGUUGAAACAUUCAGUGCUGGUAAAGGACAAGUUGAAGUUAUGGUAUUGAAUCCCAAAGGACAGAAGGAACCAUGUGAAUGUACCUUUAAUAAUGAUAGAAAUAUGACCUAUUCCUGUGUGUAUGUACCCAAAAUGGAGGGUGAAUAUAGAGUCAUUAUCAAAUUCUCCAGCAAAGAAGUCAACAAGAGUCCAUUCCUUGUUAAAGUCGAAGGUGCUGCUGGUGAUGCUUCAAAGGUCACUGCCACUGGACCGGGUAUUCAAAAAACUGGUGUUAUUGCUACCAAGAGAACUUAUUUUGAAGUUCAUACCAAAGCUGCUGGUAAAGGACAAAUUGAUGUGGCCAUCCUAGAUCCACAUGGUCAUCGUGAUAAGAUCCGACCCAUGAUUAAACCAGUAGAGGGUAAAGAAGGAACAUAUUUAGUGGAAUACCAACCCCAUGAGCCUGGACUUCAUUCAGUCAAUAUCUUCUUUGCUGGUCAACAGAUACCAAACAGUCCUUAUGGUGUACAAGUUUCUCCAGCAUCCAAUGCUAAAGCUUGUUAUGCUACCGGACGUGGUAUACAACCAAGAGGUAUUCGUGUACGAGAUAAUGCUGUCUUUAAAGUACAUACUAAAGGUGCUGGUGAGGGUGAGGUCAAAGUUCAGAUCAUUGGCCCAGGAGGUGCAGAAGAGAAGUGCACAAUUAAACCAAUACCAACAGAAGAAGGUGUCUUUGAAUGUAUUUACGUUCCAUCUAAAGCGGGCAACUAUGUCAUUAAUGUUACUUUUGGAGAUCAACAUAUUUCUAAGAGUCCCUUUAAAGUUGAAGUUGGACCGUUUAAGAUAUCUAAGAUAGUAGCCUGGGGACCUGGUUUGGAAGGUGGUGUUGUUGAUCAACCAGCUGUCUUUACUGUAGAAACUAAUGGUGAAGUUGGUGCUCUUGGAUUCUCCAUUGAGGGACCAUCUCAAGCUAAAAUCGACUGUAAAGAUAAUGGUGAUGGUUCAGCUGAUGUUACAUACUGGCCUAAAACACCAGGAGAGUAUGCUGUUCAUAUCUUGUGUAAUGAUGAAGAUAUUCCCAAUUCACCAUACAUGGCUCAAAUUACACCUGCCACUAAAGAUUUCAAUGCUUCCAAGGUUAUUGCCAAGGGUCCUGGUUUAGAGAAGACUGGUUGUCAAGCUAAUCAAUGGGCUGAAUUUACAGUUGAUACCCGUAAUGCUGGUAAAGCUCCAUUGAAGAUAUCUUGUCUUGAUGUAGACUUUAAACCAGUUGAUGUACAAGUUACUGACAAUAAGAAUGGUACCUAUAGCUGUAAAUACAUGCCAAAACGUAAUGUUAAACAUACAGUUGUUAUUACCUAUGGUGGUGUACAGAUACCUAACAGUCCAUUUAGGGUGAUGGUAUCUGAACCCUGUAACCCAGCUAAAGUCAAGGUAUUUGGACCUGGUGUAGAGAAGGGUGUUAAAACAGCAGCUAAAACUCACUUCAUUGUUGAUUGUAAAGCAGCUGGACCAGGUGAUGUUGCUAUUGGGUUAACUGAUGAGAAGGGUAUGGAUGUACCAGUUAAAACUAUUGAUAAUAAAGAUGGUACAUUUAGAAUUGAGUAUGAACCCAAAACACCAGGCACAUAUACUGUCAUGGUUUACUUUGCUGACAAAGAAGUUCCACAAAGUCCUAUCAAGGUCAAUGUCACAUCUAGUAUUGAUGUUAGCAAAGUCAAGGUUGUUGGAUUAGAGCCACGUGUUUUUAAAGAGUCACCAACUGAGUUUACUGUUGAUGCUAAAGCAGUACCUAAUGCAGCCACUGGUAAAGUUAGAGCUAUUCUUACUGAUCCUACAGGACAGAAAUUCGAAAGUCCUGUAACCAACAAUAAUGAUGGUACAUUCAAUGUGGCUUACACAGCUUUUGCUGAAGGUCCACACACUAUUGAUGUUACAUACAAUGAUGCUCCCAUACCACAGAGUCCAUUCAAAGUUACAUCAAUCCCUGGUUGUGAUCCUAGCAGAGUUAAAGCCUAUGGACCAGGUCUACAAGGUGGCUACACUAACCAGGAUGCUGAGUUCACUGUUGAUAUGAAAGGCGCUGGUAAAGGUGGAUUAGGUCUAUCUAUUGAAGGACCUGUUGAAGCUCAAAUGAACUGUAAAGACAACAAAGAUGGUACAUGCCAAGUUGCAUAUAACCCUACCAAAGCAGGAGACUACUCCAUUGGUGUGAAAUAUGCUGAAAAAGAUAUCCCUGGAAGUCCAUUCUUGGUAAGAAUCCAGAAUCCAGUAGAUGCCAACAAGGUGAAAUGUUACGGACCUGGUUUGAACCCACAAGGUGUAAAAGCAGGAGAACCAGCAUCAUUUAUUGUUGAUGCUAGUGAAUCUGGUCCAGCACCACUUGAUGUUACUACAACUGAUGCCAGAGGAGUAAAAAGACCAGCUGAUGUUCUACCUAUUGGAGAUAAUAAAUAUCAAGCUACCUAUUUACCAGUAGAAGAAGGACCAUGUAAAGUUGAUGUAACUGUUGUAAGCAACUUUCCAUUCAAUAUGAAGAUCUUACCUGGUAAUGAUCCUAGUAAAGUUAAAGUUACUGGGUUACCCCAACAAUGUCCAGCUAGUUUACCAGUUGUAUUUAAAUUGGAUCCUAGAGAGGCUGGAGAUGCUGAUUUAGAAUGUGUUGUAAAGAGACCUGACGGUACCUAUAUUAGACCUGUUAUGCAAGAUAACCAUGAUGGUACUGUGACCUGUAUGUAUACACCAGAAGACUUGGGUGUAUAUGAUGUAGAUGUCAAAUUUGCAGGGCAAGAGGUGCCUGGAGCUCCCUUCCCAGUUAAAGCUGUUCCAACUGGUGAUGCCAGCAAAUGUCAAAUUACAGAUGGUCAAGAUAAGGUUGUACCAGUCAAUAAAGAAACUAUUAUUGAAGUCAAUGCUGCUCAAGCUGGUACUGGUAAAGUUACCUGUCGUAUUCGAGGUCUGGACGGCACUGAUAUUGAUAUUGAUAUCAUUGAUAAGGGAGAUGGUACAUUCAGCAUUUCAUUUAUCCCUCAAUAUGCUGGUGAAUACACUAUUGAAAUCAAAUUUGGUGGUCAGACAGUACCUAAUGGUGAAUACACAAUUGAGAUAGAAAUACAUAAGGCUAAUUCAAUGUUAUUAAAGAUAUUGAAUAAGUUGUUAAUGGUUCUUGUAUUUGUUUCAGCAUUUGUUAAGAUGCCAUCAGGAAAGAAAGCCUACCCUAAGAUUCAAGACAAUAAAGAUGGUAGUGUAACAGUCCGAUAUCAACCAACAGAAACUGGUCUACAUGAGUUACAUGUCCAAUAUAAUAAUGAACCUAUUGAUGGAAGUCCAUUCAAGUUCCAUGUAGAUGCUGUUAACAGUGGCUAUGUGACAGCCUAUGGACCAGGUCUCAGUCAUGGUAUUGUUGAUGAGAGAUGUGAAUUUACUAUCAAUACUAAAGAUGCUGGAGCAGGAGGAUUAUCAUUAGCUAUUGAAGGACCUAGUAAAACUGAGAUUCAAUGUAAAGAUAAUGGUGAUGGUACAUGUACUGUAUCAUAUGUACCAACUUCACCAGGAGAAUAUGUUAUCACUGUUAAAUUUGAUGAUAAAAAUAUUGCUGGAUCCCCAUUCAUCUCCAAAAUUACACCUGGUGAACCCAAGAAACGGGCUCAGAUUUCAGUUGGUUCAAGUAGUGAAGUAUCUCUCAAAGUUACUGAAGCUGAUAUUUCUAAUCUGUCAGCAUCCAUUAAGAGUCCCAGUGGUCGAACUGAACCUUGUAUAUUGAAGAGGUUGAGCAAUGGUCAUUUAGGUAUUACAUUCACCCCACAUGAAACUGGAGAACAUUUAGUCAAUGUUUAUAGAAAUGGUUCUCAUAUUGCUAAUAGUCCAUUUAAAAUCAUGGUUGGUGACAGUGAAAUUGGUAAUGCUGGUAAAGUGAAAUGUUAUGGUAAAGGAUUAGAAUCUGGAAUGGCUAACCAGGUCAAUGAAUUUGUUGUUGAUACUAGAGAAGCAGGCUAUGGUGGUAUGUCACUAUCUAUAGAAGGACCUAGUAAAGCUGAUAUUGAGUGUCAUGAUAAUGAUGAUGGUACAUGUCGUGUUACCUAUAAACCAACAGAACCAGGAACCUAUAUCAUCAAUAUUAAAUUUGCUGAUGAACAUGUUCCAGGAAGUCCCUAUACUGUUAAGAUUGGUGGUGAAGCCUCAGCUAAAAUCACUGAGAGAAUUACACGUCAUAAGGAAGCUGUUGAUGUUACACAUGUUGGUAGUCAAUGUGAACUUAGUCUAAAGAUACCAGGUACAUCACCAUUUGACAUGACUGCCUCAGUAAAAAGUCCAUCAGGUGUUACAGAAUUAUGUGAUGUCAAGAACUUAGAUGAUUGUCACUACAGCAUUAAAUUUGUACCAAAAGAAAUGGGUGUCCAUACUGUUAGUGUAAAACAUAAGGAUAUGCAUAUACCAGGCAGUCCCUUCCAAUUUACUGUUGGUCCUAUUACUGGUGGGGGUGCACAUAAAGUACAUGCUUCUGGACCAGGUCUACAGAAUGGUGAAGUUAACUCACCAUGCGAUUUCAACAUCUAUACACGAGAAGCUGGUGCUGGUGGUUUAGCUCUUGCUGUAGAAGGUCCAUCCAAGGCUGAAAUUGAUUUUGCUGAUAGAAAAGAUGGAUCUUGUGGUGUAACAUACAGAGUUACUGAACCAGGAGAGUACCUAGUAUCUGUUAAAUUUAAUGAUGAACAUAUACCAGAUUCACCUUUCCGUGUACCUAUUUCACCUAGUGUUGGAGAUGCUAGAAAGAUAUCUAUUAAUGCUCUACAAGACAAAGGCUUACAGGUUGGUAAACCAGCAGCUUUUGUUGUCAAUUUCAAUGGUGCUAAAGGUCGACUUCAAGCUCGUGUAGUGGCUCCAUCUGGUGCUGAAGAUGAGGCUUUGAUUCAAGAAAUUGAUGAUGGUCAGUAUGCUGUACGUUUCAUCCCAAGAGAAAAUGGUCUCCACUUUGUUCAUGUGUUAUUUGAUGGGUGCCAUAUCCAAGGAUCACCUUUCCGUAUCAUGGUAGGAAGAGUUGAUGCUGAUCCUGGAGCAGUAACAGCUUAUGGUGAUGGUCUCAAGACAGGCAAAACUGGUCAACUGAGUAAAUUUAUUGUGAACACAGUAAAUGCUGGUGCUGGCGCUCUAGCUGUAACAGUAGAAGGACCCUCUAAAGUUAAAUUAAACUGUAAAGAAGUAGAGGAAGGUUAUGAAUUUACCUAUACACCUAAUGCUGCUGGUGAUUACCUUAUCACCAUUAGAUAUGCUGGUGUCCAUAUUGCUGGUAGUCCAUUUAAAGCCAGAGUAGAAGGUCCUGGUAAAGGUUCAGGUUUACAAGAACAAGCUUCAGUAGUAGUAGAAACAGUAACUAAAACUAGUACAACAACUAAAUUUAGUGGUAUUCAAAGAUUUAGUUCUGAUGCCAGUAAGGUUACUUGUAAAGGAAAUGGUUUACAGAAGGCUGUUAGAAAUAAACCAACAGCAUUUACCGUAGAUACAUCUGGUGCAGGUAAUAACAUCUUAUAUAUUGGUAUGAUGGGUCCUAAAGGUCCAUGUGAAGAAUUAACAGUAAAACAUCAAGGCAAUAACCAAUAUUCAGUUAAUUAUAUAGUGAAAGAGAUUGGUACCUAUAUGCUCAUGGUGAAAUGGGGAGAUACCGAUAUUCCUGGAAGUCCUUUCACUGUGGAAUGUCAGUAA